AUGGUCGGACACCUAGCAAACCGCGCCCAGUUCGGCCUCAUCCUCCCCUCCACAAACACCUCCGUAGAAGCAGAAUUCAACCGCAUGCUCGUCCCAGGCGUCUCCUGGCACAGCGGCCGCAUCUUCGCCGCCAACCCCGACCUCUCAAGCAACGAAUCCAUGGUCGCCUUCCUCGAAGAGCUCCGCGUCGAGAUAAAACGCGCCGUUCAAUCGGUGCUACACGCCAAAAUCGACUACCUAGUAAUGGGCAUGUCCGCCGAAACCUUCUGGGGCGGCAAAAACGGCGCCGAAGAGUUCGUACGCUUCAUGGGCGAUUUGUCUGGCGGACUCGGUAUCACGACCGGGGCGGCGGCGUGCGGGAAGGUGAUUGAGACGUAUGGGGUUAAGAGGAUUGGGAUAAUCACGCCGUAUCAGGAGGUGGGCGAUCAGCAGGUUGUGGAUUUCUUUACGGAGAUUGGGUGUGAAGUAAAAGCGAUUUAUGGGAUGAGAUGUGCGACUGCGACGUCAAUUUCGGAGGUGGGCAAGGAGGAGGUGAAGGAGGCGUUUAGACGGGUUGAUGGGCCCGAGGUGGAGUUGUUGAUUCAGGCUGGCACGAAUCUGUUGGCGGGGGAGGCGGCGGCGGAGAUGGAGGUUGAGCUUGGGAAGCCGGUUGUGGCGAUUAAUGUUGCGACGGUGUGGCAUGCUUAUAGGAGUAAUGGGAUUAUGGACCAGAUUAAGGGGUGGGGGAGCCUUUUGGAGAAGUAUUAG